CCUAGACGAAUAAAUGACAAUUUCCCUUUAAUCUCCGGAGGGACCGUUAGCACAAGUUUAGCUAGGAGGGCUACAGGACCAAAUUCGGUGGCGCCUUUACUUCCGACAUUACGGUUACGUAUAUGGACAUGCGCCGCUGUCGCAGUAGAGCAGAAUGGUAACGUUCUUUUUUUAUGGAGAUCACGGAAACUACAUUAUAUUCGUCAUUUUAUCUGGGCUGUCGAUGGCCAUAUGAAAGGCGUGACAGGUAUGCCACUAAUCAGCAAAAUAUGCAAGUAUUCGUUGCACGUCUAGCCAAAUGUGCUCGGCUGCAGUGUUAGCAUUGUGAUAGCAAUGUAGGCAAUGUUAGCUGGGACGCCUGGACAAAAAUAGCCAGCACUCAAGGAAACAGCAGCCUGCUCCGGUGUUUGGACCUGCGUUGUGCACACUAGUUGGCCAGUUUAAGGUUGUCUGGAAUGCAUCUCUCCAAGAAAUGUUCUGUCUUCAAAGUGGUGCUGAGUGCUCUGAUGAUAGUGGCGCUCCUGCAGCUAAUAUACCUUUCUUUCUUAUCCAAGUUUCAUGGUAAGCAACAGCGGUACCGAUACUCUGAGCUCUUUGGAGGCUCUGGGGUCAAGAAAAAUGGGCACCCCGAGAAAAACUCGCGGAAGGAGCGUCUGAGGUACUCGCUGUCUACUGGUGGAAUCUUUGACAACAGUGGUCAGUACCGAGUGUACAAGAACUUGAUCAAAAGUGAUUUCACCACAAAUCAGAAACCUGGAUCAGACCCCAGCUCCAAUGUCCUGGCUUUAGCCACACACACAACCAUCAACAACCUGCAUCACCUGGAAUCUCUUCUGGGAAGGUGGCAAAACCCUCUCUCUGUGGCCAUAUUCGCACAUGGACAAGAUGUCAAGUUUGCCACAGCUCUGGUCUAUGCGCUCAGCUUUUUCUGCCCUCAGAUUCAAUCUCUGGUGGACUUCCACUUGGUCUGCCUCUCUGGGGAGAUGGCCAGUUUCCCUGAGCAGGACCGUGAGCAUUUUGCAGGGCUUGAGGACUGUGCCUCAGUGUUCUCCAGACUGGAGACCCACGGGGAUACAUACAAGAACUAUGCCAUCAGUGGAAAUGUCUCCUACCCCAACAAUCUUCUUCGUAAUGUUGCCCGGGGUGGAACAGAGUCCUCCUACAUCCUGGUCAUUGACAUCGACAUGAUGCCGAGCGCUGACCUGCACCAGCAGUUCUUGGCCCUGAUCAUGAGGCGUGAGUCAGUUAGUGAUGAGGUAUUUGUGUUGCCUGCCUUUGAGAUCCGCCAUGCUCGGAAGAUCCCUGCCAACAAGGCAGAGUUGGUCCAGCUCUACCAGGUCGGUGAGGUCCGGCCUUUUUACGACGAGCUGUGCCCUCGCUGUCAAGCCCCCACUAACUACUCACAGUGGGUUAACAGCCACGUUAGAGGGACCGGCACCCUAGAGGUUGCCUACACGCUCACCUGGGUGGACCCCUGGGAGCCUUUCUACAUCGGGCCCCACACUGUGCCCCUCUAUGAUGAGAGCUUCAAGCAAUAUGGCUUCAAUCGUAUCAGCCAGGCCUGCGAGCUUCAUGUGGCCGGAUACAAGUUCUCGGUGCUGAGCUCAGCCUUCGUGGUACACCGGGGCUUUAAGAUCCAAGGGGAGUUCCACGCCAGGAAGGACGAGGAGAAUAAACGCAACCGGGUUCUGUUUCGCAGCUUCAAAGAGGGCCUGAAAACCAAAUACCCAUCCUCCAAUCGACGGUGCUGAAACCAGAUGAGGACUAAUACGUCCUGCGUCUAUCAGUCUCCUGUGUAAAGGAUGGAUGUACAUUGUUCAUUUUAACCAGAUUUAGCUUCCAGUCAGGCUCUCCUCCGCCUAAAACGUCCUAGUUAUUUUCUUAGAUUUCUUUGUGAUGACAGCACAGUACGGGUUGAAUCUAAUUCAACUCUUGGUUUUCUUUCAAGUCCCUCAAAAAGUGAACAGCAGGGAAAUGUUCUUUGGGGAUUUCUGAGAGCCUCCUGCUAUUUUGG